AUGCAAUAUAAUGCAGGACAAAGAACCGUAAUGAAAGCUUUACUAAACUCGUUGUGGGAUAAAUUGGCUCAAAAUGAAGAUGUUACAGUAGUUUCAUUUGUCGAGACCCUGGAUGAUCUAUUAGAUUUAGUAAAUGAUCGUACCGUGGAAGUAACAUCGUUAGAUUUUAUUAGCGAUAACAUAGCGAGAACUACACAUAGAAAGACGGCUAGUUUAACACCUUUACCUAACCGUAAUGUGAUUAUAGCGUCAUUUGUAACCGCGUAUGCACGUUUAGGAUUAUUAAAAUAUUUGCAUAAAUUAGGCGAAAAUGUUUUAUAUUAUGAUACUGAUUUGGUGAUUUUUAUCGAAGAUCGUGUGAACGGGAAAUGUUUGGAAACAGGAGGUUAUAUGGGUCAAAUGACUGAUGAAUUAAUUGAAAAGAAAACGAGUAAAAAAUGGAUAGAACAAUUUUGUUCUGCAGGACCAAAAUCCUAUUCUUAUCGUACUAAUGUAUAUAUGCGUUAUGCUGAUGAUGGUAGUGAAACAAAGCAAAGGGAUGAGAUCGUACAUGUAAAGGGUUUUACAUUAAAAGGAGACACAAAACAACUGCUAACAUUCGAUAGCAUUAAUGAAUGUAUAAGGGAUAAAACCAAAGAAAUUGAGAUAACAUAUCGUGAAUUUGUACGUGAAAAUAGUCAAAGCAUUUCGGUCAAACAAAAUACGAAAAAAUUUAAAUUUACCUUCGAUAAACGUGUCGUGCACAAUGAUUUUACAACCACACCUUUCGGUUAUAAAUAGUUUUUAUUUUUUUCUUGUAGAAGAAUGAAAAUACGGAAAUAAAAGAGUUUGAUUGUUUCCAUAAAGUAACGCUACCCUUUUACCACCCUUUUAUGAUGACGAUAUGUGGUCCUACGCAAUCGGGUAAAACACAUUUAAUGGUCGAAAUAAUUAAAGACAUUGACAAACUGAUAAUACCUACACCAGACAAAUUACUAUACUUAUACACUGCAGAACAACCGAUAUAUGAGGAAAUUAAGGAAAUUGUUCAUGGAAAUUAUAAAACGUCGUCGCUUAAAGUAUGUGAAUUCUACGACUGUACACGACUGGGUAUACCCACUAUAGAGAAUAUAAAACCAUUACUUGGCGAACGUACAUUGUUAAUUUUGGAUGAUUUAAUGGUUUUGGCAAUGUCGAGUAAAGAAAAUACCGAUAAUUUAAACAACCUAGCAUCGCGUGACAGCCAUCAUUUAAAUAUCUCUGUGUUUUUUGUAUGUCAAAAUUUAAAUUAUGGAAAUGGUAAAUUACGAAAUAUGCGGAUAAACAGCAUGUAUCAUCUUGUUUUUAAUAGUCAUACAGAUAGUCGAGAUAUCGAAUUGAUUGCUAUAAAUAAGGGUAUUCGAUUACCUACUCUACGCAAAGUAUUGGCAGAUGUUGGAAAGAAACAAUAUGUGUUGUUUGAUGGUUGCCCCCACGCUCCAGCCAAUACACGUGUUCGCACAGGUAUAUUACCCGAUGAACGUACAAUAAUUUAUGAUUUAGAAAAACAAUUUGUAUAA